UUCCCAGGGGAAGUUGUGGGGAAGGGAAGUGGGGGACGGAUUGCGCUGAGUUGGACUGUGUUCCUCUACCCCUUGGGUCCACCCUACCCCUCCCUGUCCCUUACAUCUGCUCCCCAAAGCCCGGGACCAAAUCUCCCCCAUAUCCUCUCCUAGCACCCACACUUCAGGGCUGGGGGUGGGCGAUUCAGCUGCCACGUGCAGCCUGUCCGCCCUCCGUGCUGUGUGACCUUCCCGAAAGUCACACCCCUGACUCCCAGGAAGGUGUGACGCAGCGUUGGUGUUGCCCAGCAGAAAUGUCCAGCGAGCCGCAAAUGCAAUUGUUAUGGGUUGAAACAUGUCUUGCACAAUGUUCACGUCAUAAAUCCUGGUCCUGAGGAUGUAAACCCAUUUGUAAACAGGAUCUUUGAAGAUGUGAUUCACUAAGGUGACGCCAAACCGAAUCGGGGGACUUAAUCCCAUGUGACUGGAGUCCCUCCCUAUAAGUAGAGGAACCUCAGACACAGUAAAUGACAGGUGGGGAGGGGCACGGUGAUGUGACAGAGGCAGAGAGUAGGUUAUAGAAUGUCAGCCGAGCCAUCAGACUGCUACAGACUUCAGGAAAAGCGCAAUCCUGCAGACACCUUGGUUGUGGGCUUCUGAUCUUCCAAAACUGUCUGUCUGGGGCCGGCAACGUGGUAGUGUCUGGAGGUGGCAGACAAGGAGCUCAUCCAGGGAUCUGUCAGCUGCCAGGCGCAGGGACUCUCAACUGUGGCCCCAGAUCGUGCUCCAAACAGGGGUCUGGCCAAAUUGGGAACCUUCUUGCAAGAGACGGUGCUGUGCUCAGCUGUUCACGCCUGCUAACUCAUUGAACUCUCUCAACGCCCUCUAAGGAGCCUGGGGCUCAGAUGGAGAACUCUUCUCACAGCUACAGCUACGCGGAAUAUGAUGGGAUUCCAGAUUUCCCCGUGGACUGUCCAGACGGCUCCUGCCAGGCCCCUGACCCGCUCCGCACGGCCCCGCUCCUGCUGUACGCCGCAGUCUUCCUGGUGGGGGUGCCAGGCAAUGCCACGGUGGCCUGGGUGAUGGGCAAGGAGGCCCGCCGGAGGCCCGGAGCCACCUGGUUCCUGCACCUGGCCGUGGCGGACCUGCUCUGCUGCCUGUCUCUAGUGGUCCUGGCUGUGCCCAUCAUCCUCCAGGACCACUGGCCGUACGGGGCCCUGGGCUGUCAGACCCUGCCCUCCGUCAUCCUGCUGUCCAUGUACGCCAGCGUCCUGCUCCUAGCCGCUCUCAGCACUGACCUCUGCCUGCUGGCCCUCAGGCCCACCUGGGGGGCCGCGGCAUGGCGGGCUCAUGGGGUGUGGGCCACCUGCGGGGCCGCCUGGCUGCUGGCCCUCCUGCUGACUGUGCCCUCCGCCAUCUACCGCCAGCUGCACCAGGAACACUUCCCACCACGGCUGGAGUGUGUGGUGGACUACGGGGGCUCAGCUGUGACUGAGCAGACGGUAGUGGCCACCCGGUUUGUUUUCGGCUUCCUGGGGCCACUGGUGGCCGUGGCCAGCUGUCAUGGUGUCCUCAUGUGCCGGGCAGCCCGCCGCUGCUGGCUACUGGGCACGGCCAUCGUGGUGGGGUUUUUUGUCUGCUGGGCCCCCUAUCACGGGCUGGGGCUGGUGAUUGCUGCAGCCGCACCACGCUCCGCGCUCCUGGCCUGGGCCCUGCGGGGCGAGCCGCUGGUGGUGGGCCUUGCCCUUGCUCACAGCUGCCUCAAUCCCAUGCUCUUCCUGUAUUUUGGGCGGGCGCAACUGCGCCGGUCACUGCCGGCUGCGUGUCGCUGGGCCCUGAGGGAGCCUGAGGAAAACGAUGACAGUGAGGUCAGCAAGAAAGCCACCAGACUUGACCCACUCUCAGAGACGGGGGUGUAGGCUAGAGGGACGCUGGUUUGUGUUUUCCUAUCCCAUUUCAUUAAUACCAGCUUCAGGCAUAGCUGGAUCCAGGAGUCACCAAUGUCUUCAUUUAUUCGAUAAACAUUCAUUGUGCACCUGCUAUGUGCCAUGUCCUGUAUAGACAGAGGGGAUACACAGUGACCGAAAGAGAAAGAAGUCCCUGCCCUCACAGAGCUCACAUUCCAGCAGGGGAGGACAGACAAUAAGAUACGAAGGAAUACGGAUAGGUCAGUAUGCUGGUUUGAAUCUGUGGUGUACCCCAUAAAAGAUUAUGUUCUUUUAAUCCACUGUUGUGGGGGCAGACUUAUUGUGGCUGGGAUCUUUUGAUUGGGUUGUUUCCAUGGAGAUGUGACCC